AUGGGUAUCGAUCAACGUCGGUGGCGGUGGUGGAACGCCGUAGUUUUUAUCGUAAUGGUCCGCGGUACAGUAACCGUUGCCGGUUCCGACAGUCACGAGAAGCAUGAACAAGUGGUCUCUCGAAUUGCCUUCGGAUCAUGCUCCAACCAGAGCGCUCCUCAGCCCAUUUGGGAUGCAGUGGUGGACUUCCGUCCCCAAAUUUUUAUAUGGUUGGGUGAUAACAUUUAUGGCGACUUCAAACGCCCUUUUAAAGUAUUUGGACGGGAAAGGACUAUUGGGCCGUGGAAGAAUGUUCCACGAUUUGUUCCUUCCUCUGAGCAGGAAAUGAGGGCUAAAUAUGAAAAAGCUAAAUCUAGUCCUGGUUAUGCUCGACUUCAUCAGAAUGCUAAGGUUAUCGGUACAUGGGAUGAUCACGAUUAUGGAUUAAAUGAUGCAGGAAAAGAAUUUCAGGGAAAAAUCACCAACCAGAAGUUGCUUCUUGAUUUCUUGGAUGAACCUCAAGAUAGCCCACGGCGGAAACAGGCUGGUGUAUAUGCCUCAUAUACGUAUGGUCCUGUGGGUAGAGAUAUCAAGAUUGUACUCUUAGAUACCAGAUAUCACAGAGACCCUGUAGGAAGUGAUGGAACCAUUUUGGGGAAUUCACAGUGGUUGUGGUUGGAGAAAGAGCUAAAGGGUCAACCAACGGCUCUUACCAUAAUUGGAUCUUCUAUUCAGGUUAUAUCAAAUCUUUCAGCAACCAUUCAUCCAUUGUUCGCAAUGGAGUCAUGGGGUCGUUUUCCAAAGGAAAGAGAUCGCCUUUUUAAAUUAAUAGCUGAUAGUAAGAGAGCUGGAGUAUUUUUUAUUAGUGGAGAUGUUCACUUUGGGGAAAUCACGAGAUAUGAUUGUGCUGUGGGCUAUCCACUAUAUGAUGUAACCUCAAGUGGGGUUACACAAUCAGUCGAGGAAGUUGUCCCACCUUUCCUGCGUUCUUUUGUAAGAUUUGUGGCAUGGUUGACACCAUCUACAAUGAGAGUAAAGGGCCAAAACUGCAGAUACAAAUCUUGUAUAUAUGGUCAGCCAAACUUUGGAACUAUUGAGAUAGAUUGGGACUCUCACCCAGUGACUCUGAAAUUCAAAGUGAGGGACAAAGAGAGCAUCACAGUUACAGGUGUUAAUGUUUCAUUGAAGGAACUGCAAUCAUCAAAUUCAGAGACCUUUAACAGAGUAAAAGCAGGACAGGAUAAUGAGAAGCAUUGUACUCUUGAAGUUAGCCUGCCAUGGUUUGUAAGAUAUCGCCUGGCAAUCUUGUUCUGUUGUACCUUAAUUGUGUUUCUUGUUGCAUUCCUGGUGCUAGUUUACAGUUGCUUCAGACUUUUUAGACUAGAAGGCUGCAAAAGAAAGCACGACUAA